GUCGCGCCGUCUUCCUGUGGCAGCCGGCGAAGAAGGUUAUUUGGGUCGGGUCAGAUGUCGGAGACAAGCAGCAGCAGCAGCAGCAGCAGCAGCCGCCGCCGCCGCCGCCGCCGCCUUCUUGAGUUCAAGCAAGCGGUCUGAGGUCUUGCAGCUAACCACCUUUGUGAACUGAAAGAUGCCUGCUCUUCUGAACCGAUUGUCCCACAUUGGGUUCCACAUCCCUGAAGGGCAACAGCUGGCCAGCACUCUCAUGCGUAAGUUUGGCUUUGAGCCACUUGCUGAACGAGUAACAAAAUGGUGCAGGCAGCUGGCCUGCCGAAGAGGGACUGCCGUGUUUGUUAUCAAUGAGAGGCUGAAGUCAGUGAGGGAAGACGUUACACCUGUGUUCUCUUCUAGCCACUGCAAGGAUAAAGAGGUGUUAUAUGAUGUGGAUCCACAGUAUGCUGUUGGCACAGCCUCCAACAUUUGCUUUGAGACUGAAGAUGUGUCUGGCAUCUCCCAGAGUCUCCAGGAACGAGGCUGCCAGAUCCUUAUCCCUCCCACCAAUAUAGCAGAUGAGAAUGGCUGCGUCACUUACGCUGUGGUGAGAUCUGUUUUGGGCAAUAUCAGCCACACUCUACUUGAUCGAUCGCAAUACCGUGGACCAUUCCUGCCUGGCUUCCAUACUGUUCAGGGGCUCCCCAAGGAGACUCAGGGGUCCAAGGUCACACAUUUUGACCACAUCACCUAUGUUUGCUCUAAAGGUAGCUCACAAGCUGUGCUGGAUUGGUACAAGAACUGUUUUGGUUUUCAGCGCUUCCACAUUCACCAGCAAGAUGAUGUGGCUGAAGGUUAUAGAAUCCAAGGGGAUGGAGUAGGCCUUCGUCUUACUGGCAUGCAGUACAGUGGGAGUGGCUUGAAGCAGCUUGAUCAUGACUGCAAAUUUGUUCUGGCUGAGUCACUGUCAGACCAAAGCAAAAACCAGGUAGAUACUUUCUUAGAGCAGCAUGGUGGAGCUGGCAUCCAACAUGUGGCCCUCUACACUGCAGACAUCAUAGGUACUGCUUCAGCUAUGGCAAACUCUGGUGCAAACUUUUUCAAACCACCCUUGGCUUACUACAGUGAGAAAAGUAAAGAGCAAGAGAUACAGCAAGUUGGGCAGGAUCCUCAGCUCUUGAAGAACUAUGGCAUCCUCCUGGAUGCUGAAGUUGGUAGAGGAGGAGUUAAGCGUGGUCCUGGCCUUCAUGGGAAACCAUACCUGAUGCAGAUAUUUACCAAACCUCUCUUUCCAGAAGAGACCUUCUUCUUGGAGCUUAUAGAGCGAUGUGGGGCCACAGGCUUCGGUGAGCGAAACGUUCGUGCUCUCUGGCAAUCUGUGCAGAUCUACAUGGACAAGAAGUACUGAACUGCCUCGUCUCUGAGGAAUCCUAUUAUUCCACUCUUGGGUCCAGUGCAUACCUUAGCAUUGUUAUAUGAAUGCUGCUGCAAACUUAUGCUCCCAGGGCUGGCUCCCAUGUCACAUCAAUAAUGUGUAGGAGUUCUGAUCAGUGUAAUCUAGAUCAUGUUCAUGCUUCCUGCCAUCACUACAAUGCUGUUUGGUGUAGAAACACAUCUGUAGAAUCUGAUUAUGACUUCUACACAUUACUAAUGUGACACAGAAACUGACCAGUGAAGAAGUGAUGAUGGUAACUAUGCCACUACGGUUAUGUAUAUAUUUGGCUUACUUGCUAAACAAUGGAUAGUAAUGGAUUCCUUUCAGCACUGAAAUGCAAAGGCCUUAAUGUAUGGCAUGUGUUUUGGCCCUAGAGAGUUGCAAAUUUUAAUAUAUUUAUAUUUAUUUAAUAUAUUUGUAUACCGUCGAAAACAUACGUCUCUGGGAGGUUUACAGUACAUCUUAGAAGAAGUCACAUAACUCCUUUUGGUACCUGGAAGGCCCGUUUGAGCUUCUGAAAUAAGUACAUUGUCUCAACAUUGUCCCACAAAUGAAUCCUUUCCCCUUCUAUGUUUAGGUGGAGGACAGUGGAAAAUGGUCCUUACAUCAACUAGUCUUCAUGUCUAGACUAUAUCUUACUCAGUUUAUAGUGCUCCAGACAGAGAUGUGGAUUUCCCAAAAGAUGUUGAAUUGGAAAAUAUUCUGGAAAUUUAUCUGAAAGUUUCCCAUUGCAUCAUUUGCAUUACAAAAAAUUACUAUGUAAAUUUUUCUGAUGCUGGAAUAGAUUGAUCUGAUUUGGCAUGUUGUUUGACCUAUGUAUAUAUAUUUUUUGGGGGGACCCCACCAUAUUAACAGUAUAUUUCAUGGUGGGGGUCAGCAGAGAUAUGUAAUGUGGUUUAAAUUCAGAGCUUUGUGAUAAAUUAUUUUAUUGGAAUAUACAAUAAAUUAACACUUUCUCAUCAUCUGAAAAACAUUAAUUGCAACUUUGAAAUGGCUUAAGCUUGUCCAAUAUCGCAUUGGCAUCUAUUCAGUUUUAUUAAUGAGUUUUUAGAAAUGUAAACACUUUCAUGGGAAAAUAAAGUAGAGGAAGCAGAACUUGUUCAUUAAGUUUCCAGGUGAUAUCAUAUAAUGCUGUAUGAAAGAGAAAAAACAGACAUACUGGAGAUGGGUAGAGAUAGGAUGCCCAUACAUUCAUACAUUAUAUUCAGUACUCACAUGAGUGUACAGUGUACACAAGUACAGCCAUUCACAUGUUAUGCUGAAUGCAGGUACAGAAGUACAUUUCCUAUCUGUACCAUGCAUCUGAAGGGCCUGUAUGCAGGUUUACUUUUUAAAAUGAACACAGAUACAGUCAUUCACACAAAUGUAUAUGAGUGUUACAGACAUCUAUACACUCAUACUGUCUGAAUCUGGCUAUAUUAACUGCAGGAGCUUACCAAGACUGUUGCAACUGGAAUAUGGGAGAGAUAAUUUAAAGACCUUUUAGUCUAAAAACCUAGUACAGACUUAAAUUUUAUCAGUUCUUUGUGGUAAUUCAACUAUGAGAUGGGGGCUAUUAAGCAAGAACUGAAAUAUCCUAUUACUAUCCACAGAAGGUUUUGUUCCAGACUCUAGCAAACUAUAGAUAAUGCUGUUGGGUAAAAUUAUUUCUAAUGGUAUCCUUGGCUUAGUUAGCUAAAGAACAGUUGGUUUAUUUGUUAGGUGACGCCUAAUUUAUCUUACUACUCUAUUAAACCUCAAUCCAUGUUGUGGUGGGGGGAUUCUCCAAAUGUUUUUUAACAUUGUUAAAAGUAGAACUCCUCCUCCACAUUUCAUUUUCUUUCUGUUCAGCGUAUUAUGUAUCAACUAUAAAAAUGUUCUUGUAAUUUGAA